AUGGAGGUGGAUGAUGGAGGAAUGGAUAGUGUGUUGGAGUAUCUGCAGGAGGUGGAGAGGAAGGCUGAGGAUGUGUUGGGGGACAGAAGGCAGAUCGUAGACCUGGACAUCAAGAGGAACCAGAACAGAGAGGCUUUGAGGGCUCUGAGCAAAGACACCGAUAAAUCAGAGGUGGUAACCGUUUGCUUUGGCAGCAUGUUCAUCGAUCUGCCAAAAAACAAAACCAAAGAAAUGAUUCAGCGAGAUCAGGAGCAGUUGGAUAAGGAAAUCGAUACAAUUCGCUCACAGCUGCCAGGAAAAGUGAACCAACUCUAUGAAGCACAAGGAAAGCCUGAGCUGAAAGGAUUCAACCUGACUGCACUGGACCCAGACGAAAUGAAGGCAAUUAAGAAAGUUCUGAAUGGAUAA